UAAUCCUUGCAUUUUUGCUUCUUUCUUGACCAGGGAAAGGCGGAUUCUGUGGAGCUGCCUCUCGGAUGCAGCGAGGAAAGCAACAAUAUAGGAAGAAGGAAUGCCCUCAAGGUGAUGGUCCUUCUGAGUUCUUGACGUCACAGAUCAGGAAGGAAAAAAGAAGAGUAAAGUAUCUGCAUUCCAAUUAGAGACCUAUAUCACUGUUCACAUGAAGGAGAAUAUCUAAAUGCCUGGAGUGUGCUAAGAGUUCUACUGGGAGGGACCAUCUGUGGUGACAUGAAAGGACUCACCUGGGGAGAAACCCUAUGAAUGCAUGGAGGGCGGAAAGAGCUURYGUGAAAGUGGAAGUCUGACUGAACGUCAGAGGACUCAAACUGGYGAGAGCUUCACUGACAAUUCAGGUCUACAUCACAGCACUGACACGGAGGAGAAGCCCUAUCCAUGCCUGGAGUGUGGACAGUGCUUUMCUCAUAGUUCAGGUCUACAUUCACACCAAAGGACUCACACRGGGGAGAAACCUUAUGAAGGCCUGGAGGGUGGAACYAGCUUCGYUGAAAGRGGAAGUCUYACUGAARGUCAGAGGACUCAAACUGGGGAGAGCUUCACUGACAAUUCAGGUCUACAUCACAGCACUGACACGGAGGAGAAGCCCUAUCCAUGUCUGGAGUGUGGACAGUGCUUUGCUCAUAGUUCAGGUCUACAUUCACACCAAAGGACUCACACUGGGGAAAAGCCCUAUGAAGGCCUGGAGGGUGGAACGAGCUUCGGUGAAAGCGGAAGUCUAACUGAACGUCAGAGGACUCAAACUGGGGAGAGCUUCACUGACAAUUCAGGCCUGCAUUCACAUCACAGCACUGACACGGAGGAGAAGCCCUAUCCAUGUCUGGAGUGUGGACAGUGCUUUGCUCAUAGUUCGGGUCUACAUUCACACCAAAGGACUCACACCGGGGAGAAGCCCUAUGAAGGCCUGGAGGGUGGAACGAGCUUCGGUGAAAGUGGAAGUCUGACUGAACAUGAGAGGACUCAAACUGGGGAGAGCUUCACUGAUAAUUCAGGUCUGCAUUCACAUCACAGCACUGACACGGAGGAGAAGCCCUAUGAAUGCCUGGAGUGUGGACAAUGCUUUUCUCAUAGUUCAGGUCUACAUUCACACCAAAGGACUCACACUGGGGAGAAACCCUAUCAAUGCCUGGAGUGUGGGCAGAGCUUCACUAAGAGUGCAACUCUAACUUCACAUACAAGGAUUCACACUGGGGAAAAACCCUAUCAAUGCCUUCAUUGUGGAAAGAGUUUCACUCACCGUGGAAGCCUACAUACGCAUCAAAGGACUCACACUGGAGAGAAACCCUAUCAAUGCCAGGUGUGCGGACAGAGCUUCGCUCAGAGUGGAAAACUAUAUUCACAUCAAAGGACUCACACUGGGGAGAAACCCUAUAAAUGCCAGGAGUGUGGCAAGAGCUUUGCUCAGAGUUCUCACCUACGUAGGCACCAAAGAAUUCACACGGGGGAGAAACCCUAUACAUGCCUGGACUGUGGGCAGAGCUUCUCUGAGAGUGGAAACCUACAUGCACAUCAAAGGACUCACACUGGGGAGAAGCCCUUCACAUGCCUGGAGUGUGGGCAGAGCUUCACUCAGAGUGCAAGUCUAAGUACACAUCAAAGGACUCACACUGGGGAAAAGCCCUAUCAAUGCCUGGAGUGUGGACAGAGUUUCACUCACAGUGGAAGUCUAGAUACACACCAAAGGACUCACACUGGAGAGAAACCCUAUCAAUGCCUGGAGUGUGGACAGAUUUUUGCUCAGAGGGGCAGUCUGCAUUCACAUCAAAGGACUCACACUGGGGAGAAACCCUAUAAAUGCUUGGAGUGUGGAAAGAGCUUUGCUCAGAGUUCCCAUCUACAUAGGCAUCAUAGAACUCACACUGGGGAGAAACCCUAUACAUGCCUGGACUGUGGACAGAGCUUCUCUGAGAGUGGAAAACUACAGUUACAUCAAAGGACUCACACUGGGGAAAAACUCUAUACAUGCUUGGAAUGUGGAAAGAGCUUUGUUCAUAGUUUACACCUACGUGCACAUGCAAGGAUUCACUCUGGGGAGAAACCCUAUACAUGCCUGGAAUGUGGAAAGAGCUUCAAUCAGCGUGGAAAUCUAGAACGACAUCAGCGGACUCAUACUGGGGAGAAACCCUAUAAAUGUCUUAAUUGUGAACAGUGUUUCACUCAGCGUGGAAAUCUAGAUAGACAUCAAAGCACUCACACUGGGGAGAAACCAUAUCUAUGCCUAGAGUGUGGACAGAGCUUUGCUCAUAGCUCACAUCUACGUUCACAUCAAGGCACUCACACUGGGGUGAAACCUUACCAAUGCCUGGAGUGUGGACAGAGCUUCACUCGGAGAGGGAGUCUACGUUCACAUCAAAGGACUCACACGGGGGAGAAACCGUAUACGUGCCAGGAAUGUGGUCAGAGCUUCACUCGGAGUGGAAAUCUACGUGCACAUCGAAGGAUUCACACUGGGGAGAAACCCUACAAGUGCCUGCAGUGUGGGCAGAGCUUCACUAGCAGUGGAAGUCUACGUUCACAUCAAAGGAACCACGCCGGGGAGAAACCCUAUACUUGCUUGGAGUGUGGACAGGGUUUCACUGAUAGUUCAAGUCUACAUUCCCAUCAAAGUACUCACACUGGGGAGACACCCUAUAAAUGCCUGGAGUGUGGACAGAGCUUCACUUGGAGUGAAGGCCUAUGUCCACAUCAAAGGAUUGCAAUGUUGGAUUGCAUGAUUUUAAAUACUUGGUUUUAAGGUUUUAUUAUGUUUAAAUAAUUGGUUUAAUGCUUAUGUUUUUAUUGUAUGUGGUUUUUGAGCAUCUAAUUGUUGCCUAUAUAGGUAAGGCACCAUGAGUCCCUUAUGGGGUUGAGAAGGGUGGGAUAUAAAUACAAUAAAUAAAUAAAUAAAGGAGUCACACUGGGGAGAAACCCUACCAAUGCCUGGAGGGUGGACAGGGUUUCACUGAUAGUUCAUAUCUAAAUCACAUGAAAAAAUUCACAUUGAGGAGAACCCUAUACAUUUCUGGAGUGUGAUCAGAGCUUCACCCACUGUUCAGGUCUACGUUCACAUGAAAGGACUCACACUGGGGAGAAACCCUAUGAAUGCCUGGAGUGUGGACAGAGCCACACUGAUAGUUCAGGUUCGUUCAUAGGAAAGGACUCACAUUCGUCAUGCUUGUUAAUGCUGAAAAAUGAGAGCACAACGUUGGUAUAUUUGUAUCAUACUGCGGUGCCUUUGCAGAAGGCCUGGGAAUACUCAAAUGCAUAUAAUGCUGGAAGAGAAUUGUUAAGGUUACAUUUACAAUGAGACCAGAGUUGUUUCUUUGUAAUGCUGAACAGUUUUCUAGAAAUAAAAUUGGGAAAAUUCCUAGACUAUAUGAUAGCUGGAGCAAGCAUCAUUUAUCCUCGGAGAUGGGAGGAAGUGUCAUCCGCACAAGAAGAGUAACCGAUUAAGAGCCACAAGUGAUGGACAAAGUGACUCCACCAAGUACAGACUUAUUGCUCAGUUUUUCAUAACAACCACAGGGACAAAUGUCCAUGGCUGGGUUUAUGAUUAGAAGUGUGUUGCCGAAAGCAGUACGUGCAUAGGAGUAUCUAAGUGGAGUAGAAUUAUAAGGUAUGCAAUCAUCUAAGAGUGAGGUUCUUAAAAUUCAACCCAGGUCUGUGUGUGUUUGUGUGUGUACUUCGUGUAUCUAUAUACUAUUUUUCUCUUUUUCUUAAUAAAGUAAUGUUUGCAAAAAGGGAAUUUAGGAGGGUCAAAAUAUCAGAGACCUGAAAGACAGAUAGAGCGGAGGUUUUGUAAGACUGUAGGUUUUAUAUAGCAAUAUUAAAUGACCACUCACAA